GGCCAAUCUCCUCUUAGAGUAGCAUCCCUUCAUCCGAGUCCUCUCCAGCUAUCUUCAGAACAUGGCGAAGCAUCAUCCUGACUUGAUUAUGUGUCGGAAGCAACCUGGAAUAGCUAUUGGAAGGUUGUGUGAAAAGUGCGACGGUAAGUGUGUAAUUUGUGACUCUUAUGUGCGCCCUUGCACGCUUGUUCGGGUUUGCGAUGAGUGCAACUAUGGAUCUUUCCAGGGAAGGUGUGUUAUUUGUGGUGGGGUUGGAAUUUCUGAUGCUUAUUACUGCAAAGAGUGUACUCAGCAGGAGAAAGAUAGAGAUGGCUGCCCGAAAAUUGUGAAUCUGGGAAGUGCCAAAACAGAUCUGUUCUAUGAACGGAAAAAGUAUGGUUUCAAGAAAAGAUGAUAAUUAGCAGGUCAUGUUUUGCUUAGCUUCGGGAAAUCAUUUUGUUUUGUUCAUCAUUGAGGCUUAGCCAAUAUUACAAUCAGGUAUUUUUCUUAGGAAACUUGCUUGUUACUGCUUGUAUGUUUGACUGUUGUACUUUCUCGUUCGAUGUGUUUCCAACCUACUCUCAUUAUGUGGCUAGUCUAAUUAAGGAGUUAAUGACUUCCAUAAUUCUAACUCGUAAUCUUUGUAUGUGGCAUGCAUCUAUGGAUGUUUGAACUCCUCGGUGUUCUUGGAGCUUUGUUAAUCCAAUUUCAUAUGUGAUUUAAGAUUCAGUAGA